AAACAAGUUUUAAAACUAUUUUUUUGUGUGUGACUGACGAAAUACUUUAUUAAACUAAUCACCGAUAAAGAAAUGAAUAGUCGCCUACAGGAGAUACGGGAAAAGCAGAAGCUGCGACGCCAGCUUCUCGCUCAACAGUUGGGAGCAGAGAGUGCGGACAGUAUAGGCGCCGUUCUGAACAGCAAAGACGAACUGAAGGAGAUUGAGGAGACCAGAGAGACAUACAGGGCAUCGUUGGAUGCUGCCGGGCCGAGCUCCAAGAGGAAGCCUCAGGUGGAGGGAGAGGACACAGAGGAGGACGUUGAGGAGCCGAAGGUAGGACUGGUUCACUACUGGAUCACUGAGAGGAACGUCUCUGUGAUAGACUGGGUCACUGAGAGGAACGUCUCUGUGAUAGACUGGAUCACUGAGAGGAACGUCUCUGUGAUAGACUGGAUCACUGAGAGGAACAACUCUGUGAUAGACUGGAUCACUGAGAGGAACGUCUCUGUGAUAGACUUUGUCACUGAGAGGAACGUCUCUGUGAUAGAGUGGAUCACUGAGAGGAACGUCUCUGUGAUAGACUGGAUCACUGAGAGGAACGUCUCUGUGAUAGACUGGAUCACUGAGAGGAACGUCUCUGUGAUAGACUGGAUCACUGAGAGGAACGUCUCUGUGAUAGACUGGGUCACUGAGAGGAACGUCUCUGUGAUAGACUGGAUCACUGAGAGGAACGUCUCUGUGAUAGACUGGAUCACUGAGAGGAACGUCUCUGUGAUAGACUGGAUCACUGAGAGGAACGUCUCUGUGAUAGACUGGAUCACUGAGAGGAACUCGUCCCAGAAUCUGUAUCUGCAGGCCGACCCAGAGCACUUUGACCUGCGUGAUCUGAAGACUAAGUUUGAUGUGAUCCUGCUGGAGCCCCCGCUUGAGGAGUACUACAGAGAGUCAGGAAUACCCCACACAGAACGCUACUGGAACUGGGACGAUAUAAUGAAGCUGGAGAUAGAGGAGAUAUCAGCCCUGCGUUCCUUUGUCUUUCUCUGGUGUGGAUCAGGAGAGGGACUGGACCUGGGGAGAAUGUGUCUGAGAAAGUGGGGUUUCAGGCGUUGUGAGGAUAUCUGUUGGAUCAAAACCAACAAGAACAACCCUGGAAAGACCAAAACCCUCGACCCUAAAGCUGUGUUUCAGAGAACCAAGGAACACUGUCUAAUGGGUAUUAAAGGAACAGUCCGGCGGUCUACAGAUGGGGAUUUCAUCCACGCCAACGUGGAUAUCGACCUGAUUAUUACCGAGGAGCCUGAGAUCGGGAACGUGGAGAAGCCGGUGGAGAUAUUUCAUAUCAUAGAACACUUCUGUCUGGGGAGACGAAGACUACACCUGUUUGGACGAGACUCUACCAUCAGACCAGGUGGGUCAUCAGACCAGGUGGGUCAUCAGACCAGGUGGGUCCUCAGACCAGGUGGGUCAUCAGACCAGGUGGGUCCUCAGACCAGGUGGGGCAUCAGACCAGGUGGGGCAUCAGACCAGGUGGGUCAACAGACCAGGUGGGGAGACGAAGACUACACCUGUUUGGACGAGACUCUACCAUCAGACCAGGUGGGUCCUCAGACCAGGUGGGUCCUCAGACCAGGUGGGUCAACAGACCAGGUGGGGAGACGAAGACUACACCUGUUUGGACGAGACUCUACCAUCAGACCAGGUGGGUCCUCAGACCAGGUGGGGCAUCAGACCAGGUGGGGCAUCAGACCAGGUGGGUCAACAGACCAGGUGGGUCCUCAGACCAGGUGGGUCAACAGACCAGGUGGGGAGACGAAGGCUACACCUGUUUGGACGAGACUCUACCAUCAGACCAGGUGGGUCAACAGACCAGGUGGGUCCUCAGACCAGGUGGGGCAUCAGACCAGGUGGGGCAUCAGACCAGGUGGGUCAACAGACCAGGUGGGUCCUCAGACCAGGUGGGUCAACAGACCAGGUGGGGAGACGAAGGCUACACCUGUUUGGACGAGACUCUACCAUCAGACCAGGUGGGUCCUCAGACCAGGUGGGUCCUCAGACCAGGUGGGUCAACAGACCAGGUGGGUCCUUAGACCAGGUGGGGAGACGAAGGCUACACCUGUUUGGAUGAGACUCUACCAUCAGACCAGGUGGGUCAUCAGACCAGGUGGGUCCUCAGACCAGGUGGGUCAACAGACCAGGUGGGUCCUUAGACCAGGUGGGGAGACGAAGGCUACACCUGUUUGGAUGAGACUCUACCAUCAGACCAG